GGUGAUUAUUUGCAAUAGGUGAAGAUGUCGGCAUCUCCCACGCCCGGAGGCGAGUUACCGAGCGGUUUCGUUGUGUGUACCUCCAUGCCGGACGUCUUGUUUCUUCCAGAGCUUAUUUUUGGUGGCCUUGUCUGGAUCCUGGUGGCCUCCACAAAGGUGUUUUAUGCCAACCCUCAAGGAUGGGUCAUGUUUGUGUCAGUCUUCUGCUUUGUCUUCACGUUCAUUUGGCUCUUCCUCUUCCUCCUGGGUGCAAACCAGAGCUCAUUUUGGCCCAGAGUGGAUGUGCUGUACCACGGGACGGCGGCUUUGUUCUAUCUUAGUGCAUCUGUGGCUCAAGCAUACGCCACAAUUCUGAUUAAUCCGGCGGCCAACUCCACCACCAACCCCUACACGGGGCCGGGCUUCAAGGAGUACCAAGAGGACAUCGCCGCAGUGGUCUUCUCCUACAUCGCCACCCUCCUGUAUGUGAUUCACGUCGUGUUCUCCGCCAUCUGAUGGAAAAAGGCUUAAGCAUCAAGAACUCUAAAACAGCGCUUGUGUAAAUUUCUCUUCCUUCG